UUUUCAGCUUGUUUUUUUUAUGGAAAAUGUGCCACCGACGCAAGCAGGACUACAGCGGCAACACGUACCUGGGCAUCCAGCUGGGCACGCAGCUUUGCAAGGCCGUGAUUUUGGAUGCGCAAAUGAAGGUCACGUUUGAGGCGAAAAUCAACUACGACGUGGAUCUGCCAGAGUUCAAGACAUCGGGUGGCGUCCUCACCGAUGCGAAGCCCGUCGAGAGUCUCGCUAAUCCCGUCAUGUGGGUCAAGGCGUUGGACAUGCUGCUGAACUGCCUCAGCGGGCAGGGCGCGGAUCUGCACUCGGUGGUGGCCAUCGGGGGAGCGGGCCAGCAGCAUGGCUGCGUCUUCUGGUCGGACAUUGGACUGCGGCGUUUGUGCAAUCUCAAUCCGAUACUGCGGCUCCACGAGCAGCUCAACGCUGCAGCCUUCGAGCUGACGCGCACGCCCCUUUGGAUGGACGGAUCGGCGCACACGCAGGCCUUCGAAAUGGAGCAGCAGCUAGGCGGCACUGUUGAACUGGCAGCCAUCACGGGCUCGCGUGCCUAUGCACGGUUCACGGGGCCACAGAUACGCAAGGUCUACCAGCAGUGCCCGGAGCACUACGAUCGCACGCCGCGGAUAUCGCUGGUGAGCAGCUUUCUCUCCUCGCUUCUGGUGGGCGGCGUGGCCUCAAUUGAAUUUUGCGACGGUUCGGGCAUGAAUCUGCUGGACAUUAACCGCCGCAAGUGGUCCGAGAAGUGCCUGGAGGCGUGUGCGCCCGGCCUGGGCCGUCGUCUGAUGCAGCCCAUCGCAUCGUCGCGGCUGCAGGGCCGCGUGGCCGACUACUACGUGAAGCGCUGGAACUUCCGGCCCGACUGCAUGGUGGUGCCGGCCAUUGGCAUUGUCGCUUCACGAUACGUGGGCAUGCUGCUGGAGAAGGAUCUGCUGGUGCUCUCGCUGGACAUCAGCGACACCAUGCUGCUGCAUCUGGGCGAAGUGAGUCACAAAAUGGACGAGGGCCACGUGCUGUGUCACCCCACCAUUCCCAACGAGCACCUCGGGCUGCUGUGCUUUCGCAACGGUUCGGGUGUGCGGCAGGGCUUUUGCGACGAGCUGGUCGACGGCGACUGGGAACGCUUCAAUGCGAUGCUCGACUCCACGCCCAUGGGCAACGGCGGCAACGUGGCGCUGCACUUCGUCGAGAGAGAGCUCAUACCGCAGGCCAAGGGCACGCUGCGUUGGGACUCUCGCCUGAAUGCCAGAUCCAAAGAGGCGCUGCGCGGCAUCGAGAAGUUCGAUCAUCCAGAGACGGAGGCGCGCGCUCUGAUCGAGGGCCAGAUGAUGCACCAUCGCGCCAUAGCGCAGGAUUUGGGCUUCCAGUUCGGCCCCAAGACCAUGAUCGUGAUGGCGGGCCCUGACUCGAGUAAUCGCAGCAUUCUGCAGAUCGUGGCCGAUGUCUUCAAUGCCCCCGUCUACGAGAAGCUUGGCCCCGGAGCGUGUCUCCUGGGCUGCGCCUAUCGCGCGCGCUACGCCUUCUACGAGCACCGCGAGGCCAGCUGCAGCUGUCGCCACUGCCGCAGGAGCCGUCCGACCAAGCAGAGCUUUGGCGAGUUCUUCCGCCAGCUGCCCAGGGAUCUGCGGCUCGUGGCCCAGCCACAGCCAGGCUGUGAGGCCAUCUAUGCGCCGCUCAUCGUGCGCUGCAUGAACAUGGGCCGGCUGCUGGCGGCCAGCACCACCAUACACGACAGUCACAUAGUCAUGGAGACGUGACAAGAGUCCAACAAC